AUGUAUGAGAGUAAAACGAGAAACAUGUUUUUAACCCGAGCACUGGAGAAGAUUUUAGCCGAUAAGGAGGUGAAAAAAGCUCACCAUUCCCAGUUGCGCAAAGCCUGUGAGGUGGCACUAGGUGAGUUUUAUUGUGGCAAUGUGUAAGUUUGGGGUGUCAUCGUCAUUUGUCAUAGGCUACACACAUCGUGCUACUGCACCAAUGACUAUCGGUUCGAUACAUUAAGUGCUUGGAUACAUUGUUGCAAUUCGUUCAUUGUAGUAUCAAUAUGGGCUGCGUUCAAAACAAGUAUUGCUUUUAAAUCGCUGCAGAAUCGAGAUUCGAUUCAAAUGCUAGGCUUAAAACGAGUUUAUCCCAAAUCAAGCAUGAUCACUACCAGAUAUGUAGUUUGUUAGGAAAUGUAUGGUUGUUGUCAUCUGGGGUGUAGCCUGGGAGAGCGCGCAGGUGUGAGAGGGUUCGUCCACUCCAUUGUGACCACAGCAGUAUCCCGUGAUUGCCCUGUGCCUUCCAAAGCCGGUGUUUAGUUACGAAUCCAUGCUAAAUAAUUAGUUUGAUAUGUUGACCAGCGCAAGACUAUUUGUAUGCUGCCAUCAUCGCUUUAAUAAUAUUGGCAGAUUCAUUGUUUAUAAAUAGGCAGAUUCACACAGAUGCGUAGAUUGUAUAGAUUUUGAUUUUAUUCUUUAGGGAGAGAACAUGGUAAAAAUAUAGUCUAUUACAAUAUUUUAAUUCAGGAUUACCAUUUGCAAUUGAUGCAAUUAUUCACUGAUAGUUUGGUCCCACCCUUUGGAGACAGACAACAACAUUACGGUGAAUGAUGUGGCUCAAGAAGGGUACUGUGGGCAGGACUGCUCAGUGGCAAUGGGACAAGAGUUUGCUAAACAAAACUAGACAGGGGAUGUAUCCCAAAUGGCACCAUAUUCCCUAUAAAGUACAUUACCUGUAACCAGAGCCCUAUGGGCCCUGGUCAAAAGUAUUGCACUAUACGUGUGUGUGCGCGCGCAUGUGCGGGUGCACCACUAACCCACUAAUUGUGUCAACGGUUUUGGUCUCUAGUCUAAAUAGGCUAUGACCCCAAAAAUGUCACAACUAGUGAACUGUCCACAGACAGCUCUGAUCCAUAAUUCCUUCAAGUCAGUCUGUGGUAGUGCUAAAAAAACAUCCCGUGCCAGGAGGUUUAUGCUUGCCAGCCGUUGACAACAAUAACGAAUAUGCAAUUGCAUAUACACUGAACAAAAAUAUAAACACAACAUGCAACAAUUUCAAAGGUUUUACUGAGUUAAAGUUCAUAUAAGGAAAUCAGUCAAUUGGCAUAAAUUCAUUAGGCCCUAAUCUAUGGAUUUCACAGGACUGGGAAUACAGAUAUGCAUCUGUUGGUCACAGAUACCUUAAAAAAAAGUAGGGGAAUGGAUAAAAAAAACCAGUCAGUAUCUGGUGUGACCAUCAUUUGCCUCCUUAGCAUAGGGUUGAUCAGGCUGUUGAUUGUGGCCUGUCGAAUGUUGGACCACUCCUUUUCAAUGGCAGUGCGAAGUUGCUGGAUAUUGGUGGGAACUGGAACACGCUGUUGUACACGUCAAUCCAGAGCAUCCCAAACAUACUCAAUGGAUGAUAUGUCUGGUGAAUAUGCAGGCCAUGGAAGAACUUGGACAUUUUCAGCUUCCAGGAAUUGUGUACAGAUCCUUGCGACAUGGGGCCGUGCAUUAUCAUGCUAAAACAUGAAGUGAUGACAGCGGAUGAAUGGCACGACAAUGAGCCUCAGGAUCAGCAAACCGCUCGCCCACAAGACUCCAUACAGGCUGUCAUUCAUCUGCCCGGUACAAUUGAAACCGGGAUUAAUCCGUGAAGAGCACACUUCUCCAGUGUGCUAGUAGCCAUUGAAGGUGAGCAUUUGACCACUGAAGUCGGUUACCACACCGAACUGCAGUCAGGUCAAGACCCUGUUGAGGACAACGAGCACGCAGAUGAGCUUUCCUGAGACGAUUUCUGACAGUUUGUGCAGAAAUUCUUCAGUUGUGCAAACCAACAAUUUCAUCAGCUGUCCGGGUGGCUGUUCUCAGGUGAAGAAGCCGGAUGUGUAGUUCCUGGACUGGCAUGGUUACAUAUAGACUGCGGUUGUGAGGCCGGUUGGACGUACUGCCAAAUUCUCUAAAACGACAUUGGAUGCGGCUAAUGGUAGAGAAAUGAACAUUCAAUUCUCUGGUAACAGCUCUGGUGGAUAUUCCUGCAGUCAGCAUGCCAAUUGCACGCUCCCUCAAAACAUGAGACAUCUUUGGCAUUGUGUUUUGUGACAAAACUGCACAUUUUAGAGUUACCUUUUAUUGUCCCCAGCACAAGGUGCACCUGUGUAAUGGUCAUGCUGUUUAAUCAGCUUCUUGAUAUGCCACACCUGUCAGGUGGAUGGAUUAUCUUGGCAAAGGAGAAAUGUUCACUGACAAAUUUGUGCACAACAUUUUAGAGAAGUAAGCUUUUUGUGCAUAUGGAACAUUUCUGGGAUAUUUUAUUUCAGCUUAUGAAAUAUGCGACCAACACUUUACAUGUUGCAUUUAUAUUUUUGUUCAGUAUAAUAGGUCAAACUCAAACGGUCUCCUGUGUUGCACCCGGCCGUCUCCAUUGAAGUCAAUGGGUCUGCAAUGGGUGGGACCAGUUCUAGUAAUUAUAUUUCUAUGGUUGCACCUGCUUCUAAGCUUGGUAAACAUCUGGAACACACUUAUACAACACUAGAUGUACCAGAUGGUUUCUUGUGUCUCAGUUGUGUGUUGUUUAAGGAAUAAAUCUAGAGGGGAAUCGAGAGAAUGUGUAGGUUAGACAGUAUCUUACCAAAUGAGUUCAGCUUAUUAGUCACUAGUCAUUCCAGAACAGAAAGGCCAGUUUGUCAAGACCCAAGACUAUUUGCUUACUAAUUAAUCAGUAUGACACAUGCAUAGACUUACAUAUUUUAUGCACACAACUUCACUGUUAGCUAUGUAAGCAGCCAGCCUAACAUGCAUCAUUGCUUAUACCCUCCUAAGUAUACUGUAGAUCAAAAGUGAAAUAUUAAUCUUUGUCCUGCUGAAGGAAAGACGUCCAAAGUACACAUUUCCAGUCUAGAUAAUUAGGUAAAAUUGUAUCUCAUUUUAAUUGCCUCCUCAAGACUAGAAACCCCAUUCAAUAAUUAAUGUUGCCUAUUAUUUGAGACACUGAUUUAAUUAAUUAUUGUUCACCUGCAAUGGUAAUGAGAGGGUUAACAAGUUUGACGUCUUUGUUUGCAUCCCACUUCGCACCCUAUUGCUUAUGUAGGGCACUACUUUUGACCAGGGCCCAUAGGGUUUUGGUCAAAGUAGUGCACUAUGGAAUAGGGUGCCAUUUGGGAUGCAGCCCAGAUAGAGUUGUUUGUGCUCCCCCUCUCCCCCUUCAGUUGAUACAGUGCAAAUGGCGGAGCUAUGAUGAUGUGUUUUCAGUAGAGGCUGUCAUCUUAUCUCUAGACAUCUAAAGCAUGCUGAUACAAAGCUGAUGACGUAUCACCUGAACAGAGAGCAGAUGUAGUCUGCUUAUUAGUAUGAACUGUCUCUCCCCCUCUCCUAGUUUCAGAGACUUUAUAAUAAGGGAGCACUGUAUCUAUGCUAGAAUGAAAUAUAUGUUACCUGCAUUGAACCCACUCAGCUUUGUUGUGGCCAGCCUGUAGAUUCAAGAGAGCAUUUAUGUAGGCGCCAUUUGGGAUGCAGAAUUAGUAUUUUCCAACUUGAUUGAACUAGAACAAAGGGUCACCACCGUUCAUAUGAGCACCCAUAACCCCCUGCAUCUGCAGUCUCAAAUUAUAAUCAUGCAGUACAUUGGUCUGCUGGCUGCCAUCCAAGAUUAAACCUAGUGGAUGAUGACCAUGACCCCAACCUCCCCUUCACUGGCUCCUGCUCCACCGAUACUGGAAUGUUUAAUUAGCCGCAUUAAACAUCUGGAUGAUCUACUGCCUCUUAACUUGGAGUGAAUGGUUUUUGGGGUAAAAUGUGGUGCAGAUUUUGGUGAAAGGAUAUUGAUAAAAAACCACAGACUUUUUCUCAGAUUGUUUACUGAUUGCCUAUCAGGUUGACAAGUCAUGGGGUGCAUUUGUUUCCUCUGAAUUCCACCAAACACUAGGUUUGUUAUUAAGUUCGUCUUCAUUCUGUAUUGAUUGUGUCUGGUACACUGUUGAGCGGUCAGUGCCUCCCAUUCCUUUGUAAUGUAAAUGAUGGAGGAGGAGUGGAGGUUAUCUCUGUAUCUGGUCCCACAGUGUUGCUCUUAUUAUUUAUCUGGCCCAGAGUGAUACCCAUCCUACAGGUCUUGAUAGUAUUCACUAGACACCAAACAGAAGAAAACCAACCAGUACAGGGACGGACCUAUCAGAAUUUGUCCAAUAAGAAACUUUCUUUUUUUCUUUUUGCAAAAUGUUUUGCUACGGUGUGCACUAAUGAAUACAACCCAGGUUGGUGGAGGCCAGGGGUGAUGAUGUCACUUAUGGUGAGGCCAUUAGUGAUGAUCUCAUCAUGACUCAUGAAGUAAUCAUAAAAUGGACAGUAGCUCCUAUGAGGAGAUAAUAUUAUAUUACAGAAUUUGAUGUUUUUCUGUCCUGUUCACAGAGCGUCUCAACUGUAAUUGUAUUGCCAGCAGACGUCAAUAUAUGUAUGGAGUAUUCAAUUUGGCAGGAUCUUCUAUGAAGGUCAAGGGCAGGAAUGUAUAGUCGUGGAGGACAUGGGCUAAUUUGACAAAGUGCCCAUGCCUUCAUGUAAUGAAACCCUCUACUGCUGCGAUAUAACGUUGGCUGUUGAUGUACUGACCUUGAUUAUUGUCCAUGUAGCUAUAGCGGCAUUAUACAGGCCAUGCAGGGCCAAUAUCAAAGGGAUUUGGUUAAUUGUUUCUAUCUAUCUGUUUUCAGAGGAAAUUAAAGAAGAAACAGAGAAGCGGAGGUAGGUUUACUUUGAGAUGUAGUGCGUGUGCAUGCAAGCGUGUAUGUGUCAAAUGUCAUCUGUAGUAAAACAUUUUAUGUUUUGAUGUCUCCUUCUCUUGGCUCCUGAGAACAACACUCUUCCUUUCUGAACAUGUUAUUGUUUUGUCCCCCAGUCCCCUGGUUGGUUGGUUGGUUGGUAAACCAGAUAGGCUUGAAGUUCAAUGCAGCUCAGUGACCCGCACACCUCCUGUUGGCUUCUGUGUGGAGGUUUCAUCCCUGUCACACCUGAGGUCUCACAUGUCUUAGUCACCACCCCUAGGCUCCAGGCUGGAACACUGACCAGACACACUGUGAUUCCCAAAUGAAAGCCUACCCCCUAUAUAGUACACAACUUUUGACCAGGGCCCAUUUGGAAUAGGGUGCCAUUUGGGACACACACUGUAGCACAGCAGUCUAUAAAGCUUUCAUCACUUCUCACUCAAUGUUAAAAACAAGACACUUUUUUUUGUUGUUGACAAAAACAAAUGUGCUUUGGGGAGAUUAACGCCUCUCGAGUCUGCGAUAAUAUGCAAUUAAAGUUGAUUAUAAAAUGACUCGGUAAAUCUGCUUCGUAGCCAGCCUAAUUAAAGUUUGAGUAAAUGAGGGUGGAGGGUGGAGGGUGGAGGGUGGAGGGUGGAGGGUGGAGGGUGGAGGGUGGAGGGUGGAUGGAGCUGGGAAGUGUGAUGAAUAAUGGCUCAGUAGACUGGACUCAGUAGUGAUGGUCAGCUUCCCCAGCUACUGUAACUGACAAUGACUACAUCCUGAUUCUCUACCCUUCUCCCGAAAUGUGUGCACUCCUACACUCCCCCUCAUGGAUUUAAAAGCAUUGGAUUGAUGUAAGCAUUGGCUGUAGAGAGUUCCGUCAUUGUUCCAUAGGAGGAAGUGUUCAAGUGCACACUUCUGGAGAAGGGGAAAGAAUUGGAAUGCAGCUAUUGUGUUUGUGACAUUGUCCACCAAGCAGACACUGGUACUCCUCCCCUGUACUCCUCCCGACCCCUGUAACCAGUUUGCCAUUGCUCACCGAGGCACAAAUGUCCCAUAUUAGAUGGUUGAGUUCCUCAGACAUGUUGUUUGUUUGGCCUAAUGUUUUAACCAUUUAGUUGCCAUUGUAUUUCCCCCCCUCAGUCCCCCUCCUGGAGACGACAACACUGAUUCCAGUGCUCUACCACCGGUCAAGUCCAAGGAUACCGUCAUAGAAGCAGACAAGUACUUCCUGCCGUUUGAGUUAGCCUGCCAGUCCAAAUGUCCUCGCAUUGUCAUCACAUCUCUAGAUUGUUUACAGGUCAGUGGUAGGUUACACUACACGCAUGCACACACACAUACACACACAUACACACCAAAACAAAAACAGCUUCAUUAGAUGUAUGUCUAAUCUUGGCAAAUGGCAAUGAUCAAAAUGUGUCUACAGUAUUUAUCUUUAUUAUUGUCCAAUACAAACACCAUUGAGGGUUAACCUGACUUUUCUUUCUCCAGAAACUCAUUGCUUAUGGCCACCUCACUGGAAACGCACCAGACAACACCACACCUGGUAAGAGGUUGAUCGAUAGAAUCAUCGAGACGAUAUGUGGCUGCUUUCAAGGCCCUCAGACAGACGAAGGUAUUCAGCUGCAAAUUAUAAAGGUAUGUGGUCUAUGAGCUCCUGUCAUCUCUUCCUCUCCUCCUCCAGACUGUGUGUGACAGACAGACCAGCCUUCCUCUCCUCUCCUCUCCUCUCCUCUCCUCUCCUCUCCUCUCCUCUCCUCUCCUCUCCUCUCCUCUCCUCUCCUCUCCUCUCCUCUCCUCUCCUUCCCUCCCUUCAGUGUUAAUCUUGUGUCAGGCCUGACUGGCCUGUGUCUGUCUGUCGUCUUGCCACUGAGCAGAUAACACACAUCAAUGGCGUGUUCAGGCCCUUCCUCUCAAGGUUGUGCCAAACUGGUCAAUCUAACAUUUGGCAGAUACAUAGUGAACAUAAUCCUCAGUUGUUGGUUUUUACUGUUCAAUAUUACUGCCCACUAAGCAAUGGCAUCAAAAUCAUGAUUUUCAGGGACAGGAGGCACCCAUAAUUGAUUUGUUAAUGAUAGGAAUGAUUGAAAAUGGCCAUUCUCAUGUUGUUAUAAUGCUUUGUGUUUGGUCAUAAAAAGCCUAUCUUGUUAACUGUGAGCGGUAGUGACUGUUAGUUCGGUGCCAUAGAAAUAUAAUGAGUAGAAUGGGUGUCCACAUUCAAGUCAGUGAUGCCAUAAUAGGUAUACCAGCAGUCAUUUAGGGUGUACCCAUAGGAGUAAAGCAUUCUAUUUCUAUGGGUGCUGUCACUCUGCAGGCUCUGCUGACAUCGGUGACCUCUCAACACAUCGAAAUCCACGAGGGCACAGUGCUGCAGGCGGUCAGGACUUGCUACAACAUAUACCUGGCCAGCAAGAACCUCAUCAACCAGACCACGGCCAAGGCCACCCUCACACAGAUGCUCAAUGUCAUCUUUGCACGUAUGGAGAACCAAGCAGUAAGCUCUCUCGCUCUCUCUCUCUGUCAUAAUUGGGCCAUAGAAAUAGAAUGACUAGAACAGGUAUCACCAUUCAAGUCAAUGUGCCAUGAUGGGUGUACCAGCGACCAUAUUGAGUGUACCCAUGAGGGCCUUUUUACCCAUUCUAGUAAUUAUAUUUCUAUGAUUUUGGCAUCAAUGGAAAAGAAGCUGGAACAUAAUUAUUAGAUAUUUCAAGUUUAUUUUAACUCUCCGAUGAUAUCUAGCAUUCAAAUCACAGGAUACGUUGGUCUGGGUCGUCCAGAAAGCAAGUGCGUCAGGUAAAGUUUGCAGCUGGGAAGUGCGUUGCGUUCCGCUGCUUGGUGUUGAAGUGGCUGAUGAUAUAUGAAUUCUCCCCUGGGUGUGUGUGCAUCUUGGCAUGACUCGUUUUCUGCUAUCUUUGCCAAGUGGGAUUUUCUUUCCAGUAAAGACGCGCAGGCCUGCCUAUCUGCUGUCUGCCAACCCGACCAGGGAACCAACCCUGACUAAGCCCCCUGCAUUACAGAGAUACAGUAUAGCAUUCCCUAAAGUAUGUUGCCAUGGUCAGUGUUUGCAUUGCUGCACUGAAUGCCUUGACCUUUUAUGAGCUGUGACAUAGCCACUCGGCAGCCAGUUGAGUUCAACAGAUGGGUAUCAUCAUUUAAACCUAAUCUCACAAUGUCAGUCAGAAAUCAAGAAUGUAACAGUGUUUAUCAUUUAUGAGUUGAAGAAACUGGAUUCAGAAAAAUGUGCUUAGUACCAACAUUGUGAUUGGUUUUCCUUAUAUUGACUUGUAUGCAGAAUACAGAAUACCAGACCCCAUGAAAAAAAAAAAAAUGAUGCCCAGUGCUGUUAUUGUUUUUGUGCUUGGUUUGACAGUGCAUGGUCUAAAAUAGUUUGGCCUAUCAUUAUGUUUUGUACAAUCUAAGGCUAGGCAUUUCAAGUAGGCAUAAAGAGAAAACGUGUGUCUGUGUGUGUUUCCGUCUGUGUCCGUGUCUCUGUGUGUGUGUGUGUUCCCUUGUCUCACCAGCUCCAGGAGGCCAGACAGAUGGAGAAGGAGCGUCUGAGACAGCAGCAGUCACCAGUCAGCCAACAGGGGCAGGAGCCUCCUGCAUCGCCCCGACAGGACCAGGAGCCUCCUGCAUCGCCCCGCCAGAACCAGGAGCCCCCUGCCUUGCCCCAGCAGAAACCUCCUGCCUCUCCUCAUCUGGAGCCCCCUGCCUCCCCUAAACAGGAGCAGCACACCGCCUCACCCCCACCUCAGGAGGAGGCCACCAAGGUGCCUGAGCAGAACACUCGUGAGGACCUGGAGCCUGAGAAAGGCUCUGUGUUCUGCAGUGCUGAGAACGAGCAGACUGAGGCGGACCAGGCUACUGCAGCUGCUGCACAGGGUAAGUCUGUCUCUCUGUCUUAUUCACUCACUCACUCUCUCUCUCUCUCUCUCUCUCUCUCUCUCUCUCUCUCUCUCUCUCUCUCUCUCUCUCUCUCUCUCUCUCUCUCUCUCAAAGGUCGUCUAUUGUAUGUCUCUAUGGAAAUCACUGUUCCAUAUUUCAGUGUGUGUAACCUUCAUCACUGCAUUGGAUUAGGAGACGUAAAAUCCAUGCACAUGAAUUAGUAUUCCUAUACAUUCUCUGCUGAGAGAGAGAGGUCUGCCAUGGUAGCCCUUUACUCAGGUUGAAAAUGGCAGAUUCUGUCACAGAUAAGCGCCUAAAUUGGAACGCAGUGGCUGUACAGUAACAUGCUAUUUUUUGUUGUCUGAGUGAGAGUAAUGCUGUAAGUUAAGAUGACUCGAUGUAUUUUGAAAGAUGAGACGUUGAGGAUUAUAAUAAAUACCGCUUUGAUGUCAUACAAGCAAGCCAAACACCCGUGAGUCCAAAUGUGCACUUCACAUUUCCAUAUCAUAAAACUCAUGUCAUAUACAGUGUCAACAAUGUUUGAUGUAGAGUUACAAGAUGACAUGGCAUCAUACCCUGGGUUGUUCUGAACGGAAUGAGCCUAUGUUUGUCUAUUGUGAAGAACAUUUGCAGCAGAACACACACCUGAGUGCACUCCUUUCUAUGCAAACCGAAAUUAUUAUCUAUAAGGUCGUAUUUUAGAAAUUAGCUAGCCAUGUUGGCAAUAGCACAAGCUUUCAAAUUACACUCACUUUACCCAGAUUACGAUUUAUAAUGGGCUGUUUUUGGAUUGCGUAAACAACAACAGUAAUUGUGUGAUGGCCGGGAUGCAGGGUUGUGUUCCAAACAAAACAACUACAAGUGUGUUUUCUCUAGCUCCUCAAUGGCACAGCUAGGAGAACUAAAAAUAAGCAUCUUAUAGCUGAAGACUCUUCUUUGAUUCAUAAAAGUACAUUGAAAUGACUUAGGAACUGUGCACACUUUGGAGAGGUGUGGCCACUUGGAGACACCAGUUAGUCCUCUCACUCAAACCCUUGUCAUUGUUUUGUAUUAUGUUGCACCUACCCCACAUUUUCCAGGAAUAUUCUUAUCAUGUUACUGAAUGUAUCCAGAGUAUUUUCAGAUUUCAAUAUCAACAAAUAUGGCGAAAAGCAGUGGUAGAAAAAGGACCCAAUUGUCAUACUUGAGUAAAAUUGAAGAUACCUUAAUAGAAAAUGACUAAAUUAAAAGUAAUCUAGUAAAAUACUACUUGAGUAAAAGUCAAAGUAUUUUGUUUUAAAUAUACUUAAGUAUCAAAAGUAAAUGUAAUUGCUAAAAUAUACUUAAGUAUCAAAAGUCAAAGUAUAAAUCAUUUCAAAUUCCUUAUAUUAAGCAAACCAGACGGUACAAGUUUAGUGUUUUUUUAAUUUACCGAUAGCCAGGGGCACAAUCCAACACUCCGACAUAAUUUACAAAUGAAAGCAUUUGUGUUUAGUGAGUCCGCCAUAUCAGAGGCCAUAGGGAUGACCAUAGAGGGAUGUUAUCUUGAUAAGUGUGUGAAAUGCACCAUUUUCCUGUCCUGCUAAGCAUUCAAAAUUAGUACUUUUGGGUGUCAGGGAAAAUGUAUGGAGUAAAAAGUACAUUAUUUUCUUUAGGAAUAGAGUGAAGUUAAAAAUAUAAAUAGUAAAGUACAGAUACCCAAAACAACUACUUAAGUAGUACUUUAAAGUAUUUUUUAAAGUACAGUAAAUGUAAAAUGCACAUAAAAUCAACAGUGUAAUGUUUGGAUUCAGUCUUGUGUCAGGUGAGCUGUUGUGUUCUCAACUUUAGUCUAAUAAUUUUCCCAUAAUCUCCAAACUGUUCCCUUUCAAUUUCUACCAUGCUUAUGCAUAUUCUUUUCAUAUUUCUUCUGUAAGAAACAUUUCAAUUUAGACCUAUCCAUAUAGCCCAAUUACCACAAGUGUAAAGGGUUAAUAGAGCUCUUAGAUGGCGGGAAGGAGGUAAUAUAUGAAUCCAUCAGAAUCCAAGGGCUGUGUUCUAAAUGGCAUCCUGUUCCCUUUAUAGUGCACUACUUUUGAAGUAGUGCACUUAGAAGUAGUGCACUUAAUAUAGAAUAGGCGAUCUCUGAAUAUGGCGUACAUUCUAGACUCCUUGGUCUGAUCAGAGGCAGUUAAACUCUACAAGGGAGAGGUCCUUUAUUGGGAUUCAUAAUGAAAUGGGCCUCAGAGACCUCUGCAUUUUAAUAUGUUUUGUACACAUAUAGUCGUGCCGUGGUAGCAAUAGUGGAGUGAUGAUAAAAUAAAUGGAAUGUCUCACAAAGACUUAUGUGCCUUGGUUUAUAUAUAUAUAUAUUUUUAAUGUUUUACUGUCACAUACACAAGAUAGAUUCAGUGGCGCCCCAGGAGCAAAUUUGAUUUAAGUGCCUCGCUCAAGGGCACAUCGACAGAUUUUCACCUUGUCGGCUCGGGUAUUCGAACCAGCAACCUUUCGGUUACCGGCCCAAUGCUCUUACCGUUAGGCUACCAGCCGCCCUUAAGUCCUACAAUUUACAUUUAAAUCCUCAGAAUAUUGUCCUCUACUGAAACUUUAAAGUAAUUGUAAUCUGAUUUAAGAAAGUAUGGUGAAGUGUAUUUACAUCGCUCUAGGUUUGUCACAACAAGAUGCUGAGGGGAUUGUUGAGGAAGGACCAGUCAACUAUGAGGAGCAGGCUCAAGAGAUGGUCCAGACCAUUCUGCAGGAAGUUGUCAAUACAGUUGUUGGAGGUAACAUGCCAUUUUCUUAACUUUAUACUCUUAUAUAGUCUGCCUUGUCUGUAGAAGAUUGGACUCACUGUAGUUACAGUGGGGGAAAAAAGUAUUUAGUCAGCCACCAAUUGUGCAAGUUCUCCCACUUAAAAAGAUGAGAGAGGCCUGUAAUUUUCAUCAUAGGUACACGUCAACCAUGACAGACAAAAUUAGGAAAAAAAAUCCAGAAAAUCACAUUGUAGGAUUUUUAAUGAAUUUAUUUGCAAAUUAUGGUGGAAAAUAAGUAUUUGGUCAAUAACAAAAGUUUCUCAAUACUUUGUUAUAUACCCUUUGUUGGUAAUGACACAGGUCAAACGUUUUCUGUAAGUCUUUCACACACUGUUGCUGGUAUUUUGGCCCAUUCCUCCAUGCAGAUCUCCUCUAGAGCAGUGAUGUUUUGAGGCUGUCGCUGGGCAACACGGACUUUCAACUCCCUCCAAAGAUUUUCUAUGGGGUUGAGAUCUGGAGACUGGCUAGGCCACUCCAGGACCUUGAAAUGCUUCUUACGAAGCCACGUUGCCCGGGCGGUGUGUUUGGGAUCAUUGUCAUGCUGAAAGACCCAGCCACGUUUCAUCUUCAAUGCCCUUGCUGAUGGAAGGAGGUUUUCACUCAAAAUCUCACGAUACAUGGCCCCAUUCAUUCUUUCCUUUACACGGAUCAGUCGUCCUGGUCCCUUUGCAGAAAAACAGCCCCAAAGCAUGAUGUUUCCACCCCCAUGCUUCACAGUAGGUAUGGUGUUCUUUGGAUCCAACUCAGCAUUCUUUGUCCUCCAAACACGACGAGUUGAGUUUUUACCAAAAAGUUAUAUUUUGGUUUCAUCUGACCAUAUGACAUUCUCCCAAUCCUCUUCUGGAUCAUCCAAAUGCACUCUAGCAAACUUCAGACGGGCCUGGACAUGUACUGGCUUAAGCAGGGGGACACGUCUGGCACUGCAGGAUUUGAGUCCCUGGCGGCGUAGUGUGUUACUGAUGGUAGGCUUUGUUACUUUGGUCCCAGCUCUCUGCAGGUCAUUCACUAGGUCCCCCCAUGUGGUUCUGGGAUUUUUGCUCACCGUUCUUGUGAUCAUUUUGACCCCACGGGGUGAGAUCUUGCGUGGAGCCCCAGAUCGAGGGAGAUUAUCAGUGGUCUUGUAUGUCUUCCAUUUCCUAAUAAUUGCUCCUACAGUUGAUUUCUUCAAACCAAGCUGCUUACCUAUUGCAGAUUCAGUCUUCCCAGCCUGGUGCAGGUCUACAAUUUUGUUUCUGGUGUCCUUUGACAGCUCUUUGGUCUUGGCCAUAGUGGAGUUUGGAGUGUGACUGUUUGAGGUUGUGGACAGGUGUAUUUUAUACUGAUAACAAGUUCAAACAGGUGCCAUUAAUACAGGUAACGAGUGGAGGACAGAGGAGCCUCUUAAAGAAGAAGUUACAGUUCUGUGAGAGCCAGAAAUCUUGCUUGUUUGUAGGUGACCAAAUACUUAUUUUCCACCAUAAUUUGCAAAUAAAUUCAUAAAAAAUCCUACAAUGUGAUUUUCUGGAAAAAAAAAUCUCAAUUUGUCUUUCAUAGUUGACGUGUACCUAUGAUGAAAAUUACAGGCCUCUCUCAUCUUUUUAAGUGGGAGAACUUGCACAAUUGGUGGCUGACUAAAUACUUUUUUUCCCAACUGUAUCUUUCUUUCUCAUUCAUUUUUAGCCCCACGGUUAUGUUUUCUGAGAUGAUCCUUAGCUCUAUUUUAGCUGACGGCCCUUUGUGUGUGCCUGCGUCCCUGUGUAUUUGUAUUUAUUAAGGAUCAGCAGCUACUCUUCCUGGGGUCCAACAAAAUUAAGGCAGUUAUACAAUUUUUAAAACAUUACAAUACACUGACAACAGAUUUCACAACACAUUGUGUGUGCACUCAGGCCACUACUCUACUACCACAUAUCUACAAUACAAAAUCCAUGUGUACAUGUGUGUAUAGUGCGUAUGUUAUCAUGUGUGUAUGCAUUUGUCUGUGCCUAUGUUUGUGUUGCUUCACAGUCCCCGCUGUUCCAUAAGGUGUAUUUUUAUCUGUUUUUUAAAUCUAAUUUUACUGCUUGCAUCAGUUACUUGAUGUGGAAUAGAGUUCCAUGUAGUCAUGGCUCUAUGUAGUACUCUGCACCUCCCAUAGUCUGUUCUGGACUUGGGGAUUGUGAAGAGAUCUCCGGUGGCAUGUCUUGUGGUGUAUGCAUGGGUGUCCGAGCUGUGUGCCAGUAGUUCAAACAGACAGCUCGGUGCAUUCAACAUGUCAGUACCUCUCACAAAUACAAGUAGUGAUGAAGUCAAUCUCUCCUCCACUUUGAGCCAGGAAAGAUUGACAUGCAUAUGUGUGUGUGCCUGCGUGUGUGUCUGCAGAAUGCAGGGAGAGUGUGUGCAGCGCUACAGAGUGUGCAGACGAUACGGCAGUCGCGGUGGAGGAGGAGGGCGGGCUGGGCAGGGACACAGAGAACGUCCAUGCCAACGGUAUCCCUGGCACGCCCAUAUCUACCGGCUUCACCCCCUCACUGACGGAUGACAGGAUCUCUGUCUCCUCUAACGACACUCAGGUGCCCACCCACACUGCUCCCCAACGUAGAACGGCAUUGGCUGCAUCCUAAAUGGCAACCUAUUCUCUAUAUAGUGCACUACUUUUGACCACAGCCCUUUGGGCCCUUUGGGAUUCAGACAUUGUCUAUGGAGUAUUAACAGAUUCAUUGAUAAAUCUAGGUCAUAGUGGCAUCAGUUUGGUGUAUUAAUGUACAUUUGUGUAUAUGAAAAUGUAUACUUUUUUGUUAAUAUAAGAUUAAUCUGUGCGUUUUGUUUUCUAGGAAUCUGGAGCUACGAGCAGUUCGUCUCCUGUUGCUAAGUUCUCCCAUAUCCUCCAGAAGGAUGCCUUUCUAGUUCUCCGCUCUCUCUGUAAACUGUCUAUGAAGCCACUGUCUGAUGGACCUCCUGAUCCUAAGUAAGCUCUCCUUCAUACCCUGUCACACUUAGUUACUGUACGAAUAGACCGGUAGGCUAUGGCCACAGGAAAUUACUGUGUGAUUGAACAUCUUGUUAAAACUUUACUUAAAGCCUACAGGUAUAAUAACUUAGCUUUAUAACUUGUUAUAAACUUUUUUUUAUAAUAUCUUGUAAUAAGGCUUAUAAUAUGUUACGUCCCUCUAUGCCAGGGCUGUUCAAUUCUGGUCCUGGAGGGCUGAAACACAACUAGUGUUUGUUUCUACCUGGUAGUUAAUUGGUUUCCCAGGUCUGAAUUAGUCUCUUAUUAGAAGGAGAGGAUGAAAACUAGAAGUGUUUCAGCCCUCCAGGACCAGGAUGGAACAGCCCUGCUCUAUGCAUAACAUUGUCCACUGUCUCACUGUCUGUAAAUCCGGAUCAUUAUGAGAUGAUUGUGUGACAUUAUAAAGAUGACAUAUAUGCUCAUGGCAAGUCUUAACAUGUAUUAUAUUUGGAUGCUUUAAGUAAAUGUUCUGUUUGUCUCUGUAGAUCUCACGAGCUACGCUCCAAGGUGCUGUCCCUCCAGCUGCUGCUGUCCAUCCUGCAGAACGCGGGGCCCAUCUUCAAGACCAACGAGAUGUUCAUCAACGCCAUCAAGCAGUACCUGUGUGUGGCGCUGUCGAAGAACGGCGUCUCCUCUGUCCCCGAGGUCUUCGAGCUCUCGCUCUCCAUCUUCCUCACCCUCCUCUCCCACUUCAAGACUCACCUCAAGAUGCAAAUCGAGGUACUGUAACUGGCUCGAAUCAUUAUGAAUGCGUCCCAAAUGGCCCCCUUUUCCCUUUGUAAUGCCUUAAUUUUUGCGUAGGGCUCUGGUCGAAAGUAGUGCACUACAUAGGGAAUAGGGUGCCAUUUGGGACACACACAAGAAUGAAUACACAGUGCAUAUCAACACAACAAGAUUACGUUAAAUUAUUGAUUUGUGUUUGAAUGGCUUUGUAAUUACUGUGUAGUAAACUCUUUACAAAAUGAUUGUUAGCAGAUAUGGUGGAGUUUCAUCACUGAGUUUUUUCCCUCAGGUGUUUUUCAAGGAGAUCUUCCUCUACAUUCUGGAGACGUCCACCAGCUCCUAUGAUCAUAAAUGGAUGGUGAUCCAGAGCCUCACCAAGAUCUGUGCAGGUUGGUGUCUGGUCUGUCGACUAUACUUCACACUACCAGGCCUUUGUCUAUCUGUAAAACCCUGAUGAUGGGUUGAAGCACGUUGGCUGUUCCAAUAAAAAAAACAUUUUUUAUCAAGUUCCAUUGUCCUCCAAAAGUUGCUGAAUUCCGUCUUCACUUCAGUUUGCUCCUCUGUUCAUGUACCUUGAAGGGAGAGCGAGGUAGCGGCAUUAUUCCUUUCUCUUUGUUUUUCUGUCUCCCCGGCCCCAGAUAUGAUAAAACCUCACACUACUGAGAAUUUGACAGACUGACACUCACCUCUGUCUCUUGCUUCUCCUCACAGACGCCCAGAGUGUGGUGGAUAUCUAUGUCAACUACGACUGUGACCUGAAUGCUGCUAAUAUAUUUGAGAGGCUGGUCAAUUACCUAUCGAAGAUAGCACAGGGUAGAGUGGGGCAUGAGCUUGGCACCACACCUUCUCAGGUAAGAGAUGCUUCCAAUGGACACUCACCCUCCAUAGAUCUCCUUUCCUCUUGUGUGUCCAUUUGAAUGUGUGUUCUUUUUGUUUGUAGGAGCUGAGCUUGAGGAAAAAGGGUCUGGAGUGUCUGGUGUCCAUCCUCAAGUGUAUGGUGGAGUGGAGCAAUGAUCAGUAUGUGAACCCUAACUCUCAGACCAGUCUAGGUAAGAUACCACUUACUUACUACUGUUGAAUAAGAGCUGCUGUGUUUCCCCUGAGACCAAGCCAUCCUCAUUCACAACCAGAGCUACUGCAUUAGCCAUUCUUACUGAUGCAAACCCUCUGAGGCGCGACCUUUAACUACACAUCUGAGAUCUCUCUCCAGCUCACACGGAACUACAUUUUUGUUUAUCGGUACAUGUUUCACCACCAUUACUGAUCUGGAUCUGUUUUGCCCUCCAUCUUUGAUCUUGUAAGGAAGAGCAGGUAGAGCAGGUAAAUCCUGAAAUGUAUUCCUAGCCUUAGAAACCCAUCGUUCCAGUUAGAGCCUGAGGUUGAUCUUGAUUAUCAGUUUUAGCAGAAAUCCCCCUGACUUAGUGUUAGGUAGUAGCUACCUUUCAGUUUGUUGUGUGGCCCUGUGUUUGUUAACCCGCUGUGAACACUGGUGUUCAGGCUUAUAGCAGCAGACCUGGUACAGUAGUGAGCCCCUGAGAUGAUCCAGGUUGAGACUUCUAACAGUGUUUUAUAAAGGAAAGGGUUAUUCUUAAUAUUAUGGGAUGUCCCUAUGUGCCGCCCCUCUCCUCUGUAGGCCAGGAAAAGCCUGUGGAUCAGGAGCCCAGUGAGAGCACCAAGCCCCCAGAGAGCAUCAACCACUACAGCAGCCUAAACUCUCUGGACUCCACCGCCUCCUCAGGCAUCGGCUCCUACAGCACCCUCAUGUCAGGAACGGACAACGCAGAGCAGUUCGAGGUCCUCAAGCAGCAGAAAGAGAUCAUCGAGCAAGGCAUUGACCUGUAAGUGUGUUGGAGACUGGAAGUGUAGCCAGAGCAGCUAUCAGUGGCCCAGAAUGCUCAGUGUGGCUGUGUUUGAGAGCAUCAAUUCUGCUCAGUCCGACUGAGCAGACUGACUGAUCUACAAAUCAUAAUGAUUAGUUAUUUAGGAUGCAAGGUGAUUUGUAGAUUAGUCAAUCUGCUCAGUCUGUGAUAAGUGACUGAGCAGAAUUCAUGCUCUCAAACAUGCCUGUGUCAUACAGAUGCGUCAUUUCCCCCUCUCUCUCUUCCUGUGCAGGUUCAACAAGAAGCCAAAGAGGGGCAUCCAGUACCUGCAGGAGCAAGGGAUGCUGGGUACCACACCAGAGGACCUAGCCCAGUUCCUGCACCAGGAGGAGAGGCUAGACUCUGUAAGCAUCUGCUGAAAUUACAUGCAAUCAAUGAGACUAACUUCCUCUUAGCCUGUAAAAAGACCAUCUUUAUCGGAUAUAAUAUAUAUUUCUAUGUACAUAUCUAGCUUGUGUUCUUCUUACUGAUGUCCACAAAUAUAUUGAAUAUACACUGUAUUUGCAUUGUGUUUGUGUAUAUUUAAAUGCCUCUGAAUGGACUUCCUUCUUCGCUUAUCAGACUCAGGUUGGUGAGUUCAUCGGGGAUAACGAGCGCAUUAAUAAAGAGGUGAUGUACGCCUACGUUGACCAGAUGGAUUUCCAAGGCAAGGACUUUGUCUCGGCUCUGCGUCUGUUCCUGGAGGGCUUCCGUCUGCCCGGAGAGGCCCAGAAGAUAGAUCGGCUCAUGGAAAAAUUUGCGGCCAGAUAUUUAGAAUGUAACCAAGGGUGAGUCUCUAUCUGCUUUCCAUCUCAGUAGACAGGAUGCAUGGUCUGUGUCCCAAAUGGCACCCUUUUCCCUUUAUAGUGCACUACUUUUGACAAAGGAAUAGGGUGCCAUUUGGGAUGCAAUCCAUGGUGUGACUUAAUAGAUGUAGGUUGUUCUAAUGUUAGGCCAAGGCUGCAGAUCCGAAGGUAACCGCCCCGUUCCCCUGGAAGCCUCUUCCCCAGAGCUGAAGAUCCGAGUCACGUUCUGUUCAUGUGUUUCUUUACCUCUACCUUACACACAAAUGUUUGUGGUCACCCUCCCUUCACAUUUCUCACUGUCAAUCGGGAAUGAUAAUUCUUCAAGUUUUACCCAUAUAUCUGCAUGCCAACCAUUUGAUCUCAAUCAGUUUAAUGAGAAUUUGCAUUUCGAUCUUCUUGAGAUGUAGAGUGUUGUUACUAAGAUCUUGUAAGCCUGGUGGCGCACGCUGUUGCGUUUUGGCCGCAUGAGAGAGAAAUGUGACCAUUCGCAUAAUCAUCCUGAAAUCUCCAUAAGAAAUUAGGUGGUAUUUGUUGUUUUACAGUAACGUUAUACAAGCUAUUAUAUUCGGUUCUGUUAUGUAGAAUACUAUCAUUAUGAUCUUGCAGGCAUUGAUUCAGGGUUGAUCUAACUUUAUUAAACGAGCACCUUUCUCCAUUCAUCACUGAAAUUCACCAGAGUAGCCUGUUCUCUGGGCAGCCGAACGAGUAGAGCAGAGACUGCGUAAAGCUUCUGACUUUUAGCUGUCUGGAAGAGGGUUCCAGAGAAUUCGUAUCCGCAGCCACUCCGAUAAUGUUAUUACACAGUACAUGUUAUGACAUUGGUGUUUUUCUCUGUUCCUUCAGGCAAACUGAGUUCGCCAGUGCAGAUACAGCCUACGUCCUGGCUUAUUCAAUCAUUAUGCUGACAACAGACCUUCACAGUCCACAAGUAAGUCUCUCAAGCAUUUUUAAUGAGUGUUUAUUGAUUAAGAGAGGUCAUUUUCUCGUGUUAAUACAUGAGCUGUGACUAAACAUUACAUUUUUUUAGGUGAAGAAUAAAAUGACAAAAGAGCAAUACAUCAAGAUGAACCGAGGAAUCAAUGACAGCAAAGAUUUACCUGAGGAGUACCUGUCAGCCAUUUACGAUGAAAUCGCAGGGAAGAAAAUAGCCAUGAAUGAAACCAAAAAAUUAACCCUCAAAUCCAGCAAACAAAGUAAGUUGCUGGAUGACAAAAUGGCAAGGGUCAAGAAGAAACAAGCACACUAAAUGGAUCCAAAGCUAGUCUGUCCUCAGAGGCACAGUGAUGGCAUCAACAUGGGGUCUUGUGUGGUUAGUUGUUGACAGUGUGUGUACAGUAGGUGUGUUUUGUAUGUGAGAGCAUGCCCACCAAGUCUCUGUUUCCUCUCCAGGUGUGGCCAGUGAGAAGCAGCGGCGUCUGCUGUAUAACGUAGAGAUGGAGCAGAUGGCUAAGACAGCCAAAGCCCUGAUGGAGGCAGUCAGCCACGUCCAGGCUCCCUUCACCAGCGCCACGCACCUAGACCACGUCAGGCCCAUGUUCAAGGUAACUCACCUAGACCACGUCAGACCCAUGUUAAAGGUAACCCACCUAGACCACGUCAGACCCAUGUUCAAGGUCACCCACCUUGACCACAUCAGACCCAUGUUCAAGGUUACCCACCUUGACCAUGUCAGACACAUGUUCAAGGUAACCCACCUAGACCACGUCAGACCCAUGUUCAAGGUCACCUACCUUGACCAUGUCAGACUCAUGUUCAAGGUCACCCACCUUGACCACGUCAGACCCAUGUUCAAAGUCAACCACCUUGACCACGUCAGACCCAUGUUCAAGGUCACCACCUUGACCACAUCAGACCCAUGUUCAAGGUUACCCACCUUGACCACGUCAGACCCAUGUUCAAGGUAACCCACCUAGACCACGUCAGACCCAUGUUCAAGGUCACCUACCUUGACCACGUCAGACUCAUGUUCAAGGUCACCCACCUUGACCACGUCAGACCCAUGUUCAAAGUCAACCAUCUUGACCACGUCAGACCCAUGUUCAAGGUCAACCAUCUUGACCACGUCAGACCCAUGUUCAAGGUCACCACCUUGACCACGUCAGACCCAUGUUCAAGGUCACCCACCUUGACCACGUCAGACCCAUGUUCUAGGUAACCCACCUAGACCACGUCAGACCCAUGUUCUAGGUAACCCACCUAGACCACGUCAGAUCCAUGUUCAAGGUCACCCACCUAGACCACGUCAGACCCAUGUUCAAGGUCACCCACCUUGACCACGUCAGACCCAUGUUCAAGGUAACCCACCUAGACCACGUCAGACCCAUGUUCAAGGUAACCCACCUUGACUACGUCAGACCCAUGUUCAAGGUAACCUACCUUGACCACGUCAGACCCAUGUUCAAGGUAACCUACCUUGACCACGUCAGACCCAUGUUCAAGGUAACCCACCUAGACCACGUCAGACCCAUGUUCAAGGUAACCUACUUUGACCACGUCAGACCCAUGUUCAAGGUAACCCACCUAGACCACGUCAGACGCAUGUUCAAGGUUACCCACCUAGACCACGUCAGACCCAUAGAAUUUGAAUUCUAAUUUUUUUAAUGAAUGAAAACAAUUAUAACACUCAUUCUAUUUCUAUGGUUAGACCUAUGUUCAAGGUAACUCACCUAGACCUUCUCAGACCAAUAGAAUUCAAAUGAAUUACCGGUAGGACAAACAUUUGAAUGAAUCUCAUUCUGUUUAUGUAUUCAGACCAAUGUUCAUAUGUCACCAUUACUCACAGUACUAAUGCAUUCCUUUCAGUAUAAAAUGGGAUUGUAGCUGAUGCUGUAACCAAAUGCAGAAUACCAUUUUAAGAUCGUAUUACACAUUUUUACACUCAAAUGUAGUUAUAUCUUUUUAUAUUUGUUGCACCAGCAUCCUUGGUCUGGACAACCCUCAUAAAAUCCUUCUUUGUGUACUGACUUUGUGUGUGUGUUCUUCCCCAGUUGGCAUGGACCCCGUUCUUAGCAGCGUUCAGUGUGGGUCUUCAGGACUGUGAUGACACUGGGGUAGCCUCUCUGUGUCUGGAGGGGAUCCGCUGUGCCAUCAGGAUAGCCUGCAUCUUCACCAUCCAACUGGAGCGUGAUGCGUACGUCCAGGCCCUGGCGCGGUUCACCCUGCUCACAGCCAGCUCUGGUAUCUCUGAGAUGAAGCAGAAGAACAUUGACACCAUCAAGACUCUCAUCACCGUUGCCCACACUGAUGGAAACUACCUGGGCAACUCCUGGCAUGAGGUUAGUCUCAUUCUGUCUUCUAUAGCAGUGCUUCUUAAUCCUGGUCCCGGGGACCCCAAAGUGUGCACAUUUAGUUUUUUGCCCUAGCACUACACAGCUGAUUCAAAUGAUCAACUGAUCAUUCAGCUUUGAUGAUUUGAAUCAGGUGUGUAGUGCUAGGGCAGAACAUUCAAUGUCCACCCCUUCGGGACCCCGGGACCAGGAUUAAGAAACACUGUUCUAUAGCAUAUUGUUACUGCAUUUCAGUGGUUCACCUCUUGAUCAACCAGGAUAUUAAGACAACAUUUUCAUUGACUUCUCUCUCCCAGUAUAUUGUCACUGUUUUUUAAUUGUUGACCGACUUGGUUGUUGUCAGAAAAUACAUUUGUUUUCAAUCACUUACCUGGCUAAAUAAAGGUUAAAUAGUAGUAACUCUCACUUCUCUCCUGCUAGUUCACAAAUGAGAAUGAGAAUGUUUUUAAUGACUUACCUAUCUAAAUAAAGGUUGAAUAGUAACAAACAGUAUUAAUCCCAACUCUUCUGUCCUCUUUCACAGAUCCUGAAGUGUAUCAGUCAGUUGGAGCUGGCCCAGCUAAUCGGGACAGGGGUGAAGGCUCGCUACCUCUCAGGGACGGUCCCAGCCAAAGGGGGCCUCCUGGCCAGCCUGAGAGAGCAGGCCUCAGACAGCUCAGAGUACCUGGGACUGGGUCAGUCCUCUCGCCUCUCCAAGACAGAGGCCGCGUCCCAAAUGGCACCCUAUUCCCUUUUCCAACCUAACCCAAUAGGGCUCUGGUAAAAAGUAGUGCACUAUAUGGGAAAUACUACGGUGCCAUUUGGGAUGCACCCAGGCUUUUAGAUUAGAUACUCUCUGGGCUAUUGUCACAAUGCCUGGUUUGGUUGUACAUGUAUAUCAAUGUUUAUCUUAUAAUUAAAUGUCCUAUCAUGGUUGAUGUUAAUUUUUUUGAUAUUUUUUACAUAAUGUGUAAUGUAUCAUUUUCUGACUAUUGGGGUUUUCUUAAAACAUGUACCUUCAGCUAUUUCUCAUUACACAUUGUUUAUCUUGCAGUUGGAGGUAAUGUGGACCGUAAACAAAUAGCCAGUAUUCAGGAGUCCAUUGGAGAGGCAAGCUCCCAGAGUGUAGUCGUUGCUGUUGACAGGUAGGCUGAUAGAAUGGGCCCUAUGAUGGAAUUGAUUCAAUAUGUUGUUUCCUAUCUCCAGUUUUAUAAUGCAAAAACCUCUAAAAGAAGUCACUAUUGCAAAUGGAGAAAAUGUAAUCUUAUGUUGUUUUUUUUCAGGAUAUUUACUGGUUCUACCAGACUUGAUGGCAAUGCAAUAGGUUGGUAUUGAUUGAAAUGUCUCUACAAAUAAAUGCUGUGUAGAUUUAACCUAAUUUGUGCUGAAAGUAAUUGUUUAAAAAAUAAUGGUUUAAACAACUAAAUAAAUCAGUUUGAAUCGAGGGAGGUAGUUUGUACACUGAAAUUAUACAGGGUAGAUGCAUGAUAUAUUCAAACAUUGUUUGAAUAUACAUGGAUAUUAACAGGUUGAUAUGCAUUUGUUGUCUUUUUGCAGUUGAUUUUGUCCGGUGGUUGUGUGCUGUAUCAAUGGACGAGCUUGCCUCACCAACACAUCCGCGUAUGUUUAGCCUUCAGAAGAUUGUGGAGAUUUCCUACUACAACAUGGGCCGCAUCAGGCUUCAAUGGUCUAGAAUUUGGGAAGUCAUCGGGGACCAUUUUAACAAGGUACUGGUUUCGUAUUUUUUAUUACGGUAGCAAUUUCUGUUGAAAGAAAUGCAUCAUCUGCAUGUAUUUAUAUGGUGCUGUUCAAUUGCUGGUUUUGGGGUGAGACAACAGUGGUUGAGAUGCAUUUGUAUCUGUACAGGUUGGAUGUAACUCCAACGAGGAUGUGGCUAUAUUUGCUGUUGACUCCCUGAGGCAGCUGUCUAUGAAAUUCUUAGAAAAAGGAGAGCUCGCAAACUUCCGAUUCCAGAAGGAUUUCUUGAGGCCUUUUGAACAUAUCAUGAAAAAGAACAGGUCAGCUUUGUUUUAUUUUGUAACCUGCACUAAUUAGUGCAUGGAAUGAAAUUCCAAUGCUUGUCAAAAUUGCUGCAAUUGUAUCCUUUGUGGCCUUCUAAAAUGAUUCAAUGAUUCAAACUGUGAAAACUAUUCAGACCUUGAAACGAUUCAGUGAUUCAAACCUUGAAAUUAUUCAAUGAUUCAAACCUGGAAAAUUAUUAAAACACUGAAAUGAUGCAAUGAUUCAAUAAUGAUUCAAACUGUAAUGCCCACAGGUCUCCUACCAUUCGAGACAUGGUGGUGAGGUGUAUAGCUCAAAUGGUGAACUCCCAGGCUGGGAACAUCCGGUCGGGGUGGAAGAACAUCUUCUCAGUGUUCCACCUGGCAGCCUCGGACCAGGACGGGAGCAUCGUAGAGCUUGCCUUCCAAACCACCGGCUACAUCGUCAGUAAGUGUUGGGUUAUCUGACUAACACUAGCUACUCCUUGGUCAAUGACAUGACUUACCAAUGUAAACAUUAAGAAUAAUAGAGGAUGGUAGUGCAAAGAGAAACUCAAAGACACUUAUUUAUUACCCUUUCCUAUUUCUAGAUUUUUUUCAAAGUAUAUUUUGUGCAAGUCAUUUCUCUGUUUUAUCUUUUUGUUUCUCAGCUAACGUAUUUGAGAAGCACUUCCCGGCCACCAUUGACUCUUUCCAGGAUGCUGUGAAGUGUCUGUCUGAGUUUGCCUGCAACGCCUCCUUCCCUGACACCAGCAUGGAGGCCAUCCGCCUCAUACGCCACUGUGCCAAAUAUGUGUCUGAGAGGCCACAGGUGAGCAGUGAGCACUAUACUGUGAAGGACUUGAAAUACUCCAACAAUAAACAGUUUGAUGGUGUACAUCAGAGAUAAAACUAAGAUUUUUAGUAGUUGGACAGAAGUUAUAAAGUAUUAAAUACUCAAAACAAACAAACUAUUGUAGGGGAAAUCAGUGAUAAUGGAGAUCACCUAAACUAAAAGGGAAUGUAUGGAUUCAGGUAUAAUUUAUUCAGGAGAAUCCAACUCUCUGAAUGGACAUGAGAUUCCUCUCUUACCCAUGGAUGUAAACCUCUCCUCCCUCUCUUGCCAGGCCUUCAAAGACUACACCAGCGAUGACAUGAAUGUAGGCCCAGAGGACCGGGUGUGGGUGCGAGGAUGGUUCCCCAUCCUGUUUGAGCUCUCCUGCAUCAUCAACCGGUGUAAACUGGACGUCAGGACCAGGUAAGCCCCUUCUCAUCCUACCUGGAACAAACUUCUAGGGAGUUUUUCCAGGCCACUGUGCUUCUGCAUUGCUUGCUCUUUGGGGUUUAUGCCAUUUAUCUGUAAAACACUUUGUGACAACUUCUGAUGUAAAAAGGCCAUUAUAAAAUACAUUUGAUUGAUUUGAUUGAAUACCAGUGUCCCUAGUCCUUGUCUCAUCUCCUGACUGGAGAAAGAUGAGUCAAAUCAAAUAUAUAAACAAUGAACUAGCAGCAGUAGUCUUCUUUUUCCUUUGUCAACCUGACUCGAGGCAUGAAUAAAUGAGUUUCACAAGUGAUGUGAUCAUCCCUGCUUUUGUUGCCUUAAUGAAUAAAACAGCAUAAAAUAACUUUUUCUGAGUGUGGACCCUCUACUAAUAUAUCAUCCCUGUUUCCUUAACAUUGCUCUAGGGGCUUGACUGUGAUGUUUGAGGUGAUGAAGACCUACGGUCACACCUACAAGAAACACUGGUGGCAGGAUCUGUUCAGGAUCAUCUUUAGGAUCUUUGACAACAUGAAACUUCCAGAGCAGCAAACUGAGGUCAGAUUAAGCUCACGAUUUUCAGGAACUAUGUGUCACAGCCAUAAAAUACAUAACAUAGUGUGUGUCCUAAAUGGUUGGGCACUAUGGGUCCUGGUCAAAAGUAGUGCACUACAAAGGGAAUAAGGUGCCAACUGCUACACACUAAUGAACUUCAUUUUCCUCUUCAAACCCAGAAAGCUGAAUGGAUGACCACCACCUGUAACCAUGCACUUUACGCCAUCUGUGAUGUCUUCACUCAGUACUUUGAGCCUCUCAGCGAUAUUCUCCUGGAUGAUAUCCUGUCCCAACUGUACUGGUGUGUGCAACAAGGUGAGAGUCAAACACCUCAGAGUUUAGAACUCUCUCUUUCUUCCCUCUCUCUAUCUUUGACCUGCUCUCCCUCCCCUCUCUCUCCCUCCCUCCUUUCUUCCUUUGACCCUCUCUCUCUCCCCCCGCUGUCUCUCCCUCCCUCUGACCUCUUCUGUCUCUCCUCAGACAACGAGCAGCUGGCGCGCUCAGGGACCAACUGUCUGGAAAAUGUGGUCAUUCUGAACGGGGAGAAGUUCAGCCCAGAGAUAUGGGACAAAACCUGCAACUGUAUGCUGGACAUCUUCAAAACAACCAUCCCUCAUGCGUAAGACGCUUUUUAUUCACAGGGAGUUAUUACUACAGUUGAACCACUGUAAGUGUGCAGAGUUCAUAGCAAGAGUAAAUUGACUCUGUUCUCUAUUGGGCUUGCUCUCCUUAGGUUACUGACGUGGAGACCAGCAAGAGCAGAGGGGGAGCUGAUGUCACAGUACGACCUCUCAAACCUGGUAGGUUUACUGCUCAUCCAUUUUGACCAUUUAUUUGGUUUAUGUUUGAGAAUUUACAUUGACUUCCCAAUACAGUACUUCUUAACGCUCAAAUUAAUCAAAACAACAUGCUGAGUUGUGAUCAACGUUCCAUCUAUUUUUUGGCACUGAGCAAAUUUCAGGUCUGCUGAGUGCAAACUUUAACCUUGUGAAAUGUCUGUGCAACUUCCAGUGCUCGUUUACUGUGAACACUGAGGCUGUACCCACUUUAAUUUACUGUUUUAACAGUGGCCAAUCAAGCUGCUGUGGCUAACUGAUCAUAAUGUAGGCCUACCAGAGUGGCCUACCAUAAAAACAAUGGAGAAAAUGCAGCCUAUCAUUCAUCUACAAAAGCAGCUAAUGUGUGGUGUUCAAUGUAGGCCUACAUUACAUUAGACCUUUGAAAAAAACAUGCAGGGCUUGACAUUAACCUGUUUAUCCACUUGUCCUUCAGACAAGGAAGUGACUGAACAUUUUGUUGUAUUGUUUGAUGCAAGAAACCACUUUACAAAAUGAAAUUGAUUAUUAUUCCCAUACCAUUAUGACAGAGAAUCAGACAAAUUAUGCUACCCUCUGCCUAUUGGCUACUUAGUUUAUUCAAGCCUGUCUCAAAAUACAACACUGCCCCUUUAAGACAUAAAAAUAAGCUCUUUACCUGAAUUGCUAUAACUGGGCUAAUAACUCACUAACUAGCAAAUAAUAUGAACAAAUGUGCACAAGUGGCUACAUACAGCUCUCACUUUGAUCUCAAAACAAGCGCAUAAUAAUCGCGACCGCUCAUGCUGUAAAACAAUCCAGUUCAAAGUGAAUGGCACAAAUCCACAUAUGGCAAUGGUUUAUUUGCAUAUAGGCCUAUUGCAGCUCUGAUUGGUUACGACACACCGUUCUGUAUAGAGUACGGGCUGAGUCUUGCCUGUCAAUGCAAUAGAAUCCUACUCCGAUGCGCUCUGCCUACAACAAAAUCUCUUGCGUAGUUAGUUUUGCAUACUAAGUCUUGCAUAGUUUUUGUUUUGGUAUGUUGCAUUGAAAGUGGCUAAUAUUGCGUUGAUUCGAUCACAAUUCCCACAGUAAAGGGAAGCGUUGAUAGUGUUAACUAACGGGGAAAACUAUAGAAAGUUGAGUGAAGUUCAAUCUCGUGCUUGGGCUGAUUUUUCUUCUGAGCGGAAGUCCCUGGGGAGCUGCGCGAAGUUUAGAGGAAACAUUGGUUGAGAUUAUGUAUGAUGAAGUGUUUAAAAUGUAGGCUACAUACAGGUCCCUCUCUGGUGUUCUCAGGACUCCAUAUCCCAGAAGUCAGUGGACAUUCAGACUCGUACGGAGGACCAGCAGUCAGUGUGCAGUGUGGACAGGAUCUCCCUGGAGAACCAGAGGCAGAGGACGUACAGCGGCUCCUCGGGCACAUAUGAGGAUGGCCCCAGAGCUAGGAACCCAGCCAGUGAGUUUGUAUGGAGGUUUAUGGGCAAGUCCUAGGCAGCCCUCCCCUGAUAAAGUCUCUCCAUUGUCAAUGACCCAUGCCUCUCACCUCUCCCCCGGUCCCUGUCUCUCACCUUCUCUUCCCCUGUCCCUGUCUCUCACCUUCUCUUCCCCUGUCCCUGUCUCUCACCUUCUCUCCCCCGGUCCCUGUCUCUCACCUUCUCUUCCCCUGUCCCUGUCUCUCACUUUCUCUCCCCCUGUCCGUCUCUCACCUUCUCUCCCCCUGUCCAUCUCUCACCUUCUCUCCCCCUGUCCGUCUCUCACUUCUCUCCCCCUGUCCGUCUCUCACCUUCUCUCCCCCUGUCCGUCUCUCACCUUCUCUCCCCCUGUCCGUCUCUCACCUUCUCUCCCCCUGUCCGUCUCUCACCUUCUCUCCCCCUGUCCGUCUCUCACCUUCUCUCCCCCUGUCCGUCUCUCACCUUCUCUCCCCCUGUCCGUCUCUCACCUUCUCUCCCCCUGUCCGUCUCUCUCCCUGCCUCCUAUUCAUCUCCCCCUGCCCCUCAAACUGGCUGUCCUGUGUCUGUCAAUGUGUUGCAGAGGUGCAGGAGCAGAGGUUAUUCUCAGCGCUGCUCAUUAAGUGUGUUGUGCAGCUGGAGCUGAUCCAGACGAUAGACAACAUGGUCUUCUUCCCCGCCACCAGCAGGAAGGAGGACGCAGAGAACCUGGCUGCUGCACAGGUAACCACAGAGUUUUUACUGAAGUCACACUGUUUCAAUAACUGAAGCAAAGCCAGUAAGGGCAAAAUGUAUUUUAUGGCAAAUAAUAUUUUGAGAGGGGCUAUAAAUGUUAUUACAACUGAAAAAAGGUUGUGAAUUAGUAUGGCUUACUAGCAUUUGGUUAUAACUGAGCACUGUGUUGCUGUCAACCUCUCCAGAGAGACACAGUAGAUGCAGAUGUCCAGUUGGAGGCCCAGGACCAGGGAAUGUACCACUAUCUGACCUCGGAUCAGCUCUUCAAACUGCUAGACUGUCUGCUGGAGUCCCACUGCUUCGCCAAGGCCUUUAACUCCAACAACGAGCAGAGGACUGUCCUGUGGAAGGCAGGUGGGUGACUCAGGACCCUCGAUACCAGGGGUGUCAAACAUGCGGCCCGGAUACGGCCCUCGAGGGGGUCCAAUGGAUGGUUUGAGUAAAACAUUUAAUUAAACAAACAAAUUGUAUUAACUAAUUCAAUAUACUUUAAAAUGACUAAAACCAAAUCAAAACUGUGUAGAAAUGAUAAUGGGCCUUUAUUCAUACAGUUUCUUGACUGUCCAGUUCGCUAACAAUCACUAGACUGUCAGGGAUCAUCAAAAAUUCCAAACAUUAUGGAUAGAGGAAUUUAAUUUUCUGUUGCCAAUUUUGAUGGCAAGGAAAUCUAACAAAUGUUUAGUGCGGCCCUCCAGACCUCGUUGAAGACCGAAUGCACCCUCCGGGGCAAAAUGAGUUCCACACCCCUGCUCUAUACCUUCACACUAUCACAGCAAACUCUAAUCUAGAGCUGUAUGUGUCAAGCGUUGUGUCUGUGUCUUUUAGAUCAUAAUGAAUAAGAUUACAUGGACAGGUAGGACCUGAUCCCAGUUCAGCACUCCUACUCUGAGACACUUGAUACAUACGGCCUCAGACUAACAUGCAGUUGUCUCACAGUAUGUUGGUGUUUCUAAGGUUUCAAGGGGAAGUCCAAACCCAACCUGUUGAAGCAGGAGACCAACAGUCUGGCCUGUGGCCUCCGCAUCCUGUUCCGCAUGUACACAGACGACAGCCGCAAGGCAGCCUGGGAGGAGGUGCAGAGACGACUGCUCAAGUAAGAACAUAAAGAUAAUGGGUUUUUUUACUGUUCUUUAACAAGACACUGUUCAAGUAAGAACUUAGCUAGAGGAAAUGGUGCUAUUGACUUGUGUUAAGAGUUUGUCUGUUCAGCACCUUUUAGUGCCUUAUUGUGGACAAGAGUGAAUAGUACAGACUUUGAGGCAAGAACCUAUAUUUUGCUAGCCUGGUCAAUCAGACUGACUGUUGCGCUCACAUUUUGUUUAAAGUGAAACAGAAUGUGAGUUAUCCCGAGAUCAGGCUGGGUUCCACCAGGCUAAUAUUCUGCUGCUCGGAUCUGGAAAUAAGUGCCACACUCACUCACUCUUCCUUAACGUGUCUCUGUCUAUUGCAGUGUGUGUGGGGAGGCCCUGGCCUACUUCCUCACUCUGACGUCAGAGAGCCACCGAGAAGCCUGGACCAAUCUCCUCCUCCUCUUCCUCACCAAGGUCGUGAAGAUCAGCGAUGACAGGGUGAGUCAAUCAGAAAGUAUAGCCACAUACACCUCUGAUGUGAAGUUUCCCCUAGGUACAGAUCUAGGAUCAGCUUCCCCUCCCCCAGUCUUAACCUUAACCAUAGUGGGGGGAAAUGUAAAACUCACCCAAGAUCAGCGUCUAGUGGCAAUUUCACCCUAAACCCCAUAUACAACACAGUACCAAAAAAAUAAGUUGUGAUUUUCCCUUCCCAUGUCUUUGAUGGAGAAUGAGCUAAUCGGGUCCCCUCCUGUAUCCCUGUACUAUCCAGUUCAAGGCCCAUGCAUCCAGGUACUACCCGCUUCUCUGUGAGAUCAUGCAGUUUGACCUGAUUCCAGAACUCCGGGCCGUGCUACGUAAGUUCUUUCUCCGCAUCGGCAACGCCUUCGACAUCUCACUGCUGCCUAGUCACCGAGAGGAGCAAGGGCCUGCUGGGAGCCAGUGACAUCAUCACUAGUGGACCAGCACAGGACACAGGCUGCUCAGUCUCUCUCUGGGGUGGGUGAGGGGAAGGAUGCAUCCCAAAUGGCACCCUUUUCCCUGUGUAAUGCACUACUUUUGACCAGGACUCAUAGGGCUCUGGUCAAAAGUAUUGCACUAUAUAGGGAAUAGGGUGCCAUUUGGGACACAGACGAAGAGGUGGAACCCUCUGUUACUGUGAACUCUGCCCCAGUGAGGGCCACAAGGGAUUCUUAAAGUGGACUGCAGUUAGCUGGAAGUGGUGGAUCCUGCAGAAUGGUACUGGAAGCUCCUUCAUGGAUCCUCCAGGCUGCACACAGUGAUGUUCCUGUCUGAGAUUAACUAUUGACAGUAGUGUGGUGAGUGGGGCCCACAAAAGCACUGAAUGAAUGGCUUCCUUGUACAGCAUAGAAAUACUCCACAAGAUCAUACAGAUGGUUAUAAAGGUGCAAUUAUUCUGGUCAUUUCUCCCCCUCUGACCAGAGGGCUAACUAACAUUAUGGAGGGUGUGAUGUGUGCUUUUUGGUAUCUCUUGGCAUUCUUUUAUGGAACAGAGGUAUGAAAUUGUUAGUGAAAAGGAUGAGUAACGUUAGCAGUGAUUUUCUUUUGCACAGCCAUUAGGUACCAAACAGCAGCCCUCAAACUAGACAAUUAAAGUAGCUUUGUAGUAUUGUAAUAUACUAAGGCUGUGUUUACAGACCAGACAGCCCAAUUCUGAUAUUUUUUCCACUAAUUGGUCUUUUCACCAAUCACAAUCAGAUCAAUUAGUGUAAAAAAGAUCAGAAUCAGGCUGCCGGUGUAAACGCAGCCUAAAACCUGUCAUUUGUGUUUUCUUUUGAAAUCUAACAGCACUUGUCAUUUCAUAAGCGCACUGGCAUUUUCUCACUACAACUUAUCCUUACCAUGACACUAAUGUAUGAAAACGAGUAAAUGUUAUUCCAUUCUGUAUAUACUGUAGUACUUUAUUUAAAUGUAAACACAUUUGAAUUUGCUCAAUCUUGUCACCACACGUUUGAUGUAUUGUCAUUUUCAAAAAGAAAACAAUGCUGCAUUGAAUAUAUGGAGGUUAAAUAGAUGUCUGCUUGGGUUAUGAAAACCAAGAUGCACAUGGUGUUUGAAGCUGUACUUUGAGGAUAGUGUUUAUUGGCGAGUCAGUUACAUUAGGAAACAAGGUGUACAUUAAUGUUUUAAUGUCAGAUCAAUACUGUACAACUCUGUACACUGUUGAUUACCACCAAGAACAUUCUCAUUAGUCAGUCUUUGCAUUGAUGUUUAAUAGAAGUUACUGACCGACAAUUCACAGUUGCGUCACAAUGCUUAUUUAGGCUACUUGUCAUGGCUUAGGAGCCUGUCGCAAAUUAAACAGCUAUCAGGUGAACUGAAACAAAGUACAAAACAACUUCCUUAUUUAAAAUAUAAUUUAUUCAAUCAAGUUGAAAAAGAGCUCACAUCUAGGCCAAACAUUUUCACACAAUACUUAUAAAAAUAUUUUAAAACAUGCCAUUUGAACAAUUUACAUUAAAUGUAGUGCCAUUAUUAUACAAUGAAUUAAAACAUGAAUAAAUAUUGUAGAAAGAUGUCCUGAACUGUUUCAAAGACUAAGGGCUCUAUUCAAUCCGUAUCGUGGAAGUUCAGCGUGACUGAAAUUUAAACGCAAUGUUCAGAGGCUGCAUGUGACUCAAUCGGAAAUGUCUUGCACAAUCAGCGAUACAGAAUGUAUAGAGUCCUAAGGCAACCCUAGCACACUGUCCAAUUAGCAGCCUUUUAGAGGAUGGCAACUGAGGCUGCAGUGUGUGCAGGCUUAUUCCAGCACACUUCUUACACACCUGAUUUAACAAAUCAACUUCAAUAGUACUUGACUGGCGCAAAUGCCUGCACACAGUGUCCUUCUAGGAAUGGAGUUGCUCUCCCCUGUACCGACUAACCAUUCUCAGACAAGAAUCUGCAUAUUUUUCAUUACAGGUCCAUGAAAGUACAAUCUAUGCGUUUUUCAUAAGAAGCUCAUAAUUCUGCAUUUUCAGAGGUAGACCAUGAUACACAAGUCAAGCACUGCAAAAGUAAAGGGUUAAAUUAGUCGACAUCGAUCUAGAAGCUAAAGCAGAUGAUCCUUCUGUGUUGAGGAGAUACUGUAUCUUCAUGUACAGAUUCUGCCAGCAUGACCACUGAUGUGGAUGCAUCAAGCCAAGUGACGGCAGUGUCCAAACGUAGGUCCCCUACACACUCAGGUUGUACAACUGAUGUACAAUGCAUUUGACAGUAAAAUACAUAUUUUACAGAGAGAUGAAUAUUUAUAUAUAGUUAUAUACUGUAUAGAGUUGUGUAUAUUUUAUACAACAGAGUUUUUCCUGCACAGAAAUGUUUACACCACCAUUAUGUGGUUAUUUUUGCACAGAAAAACUCAGGUCUAACACAGCUGUUAUGUUAAAAGCGUUCAGUUGUACAACCUGAGUGUGUACGGGACCAAAGUGCUUUCAGUGACCCUGUUAAGGGGUAGAGGGGAGAGGUUUAGAUUAGCCAUGAUAGGUAGAGGGGCCUUUCCAGUCCUGCACGGCCGACUCUCUGCUGGUCAGCCUCUCCCUGCGGGGGGUCUGACCAGUCAUUAAGCGCUUCAGCGUCUCCGAGGUGUCUGGCCUCAUCCACGGCUCCAUGGCAACCGUAUCCACAGAGCCCCGAGUGUCUUGGGCGCGAGGGGAAACCUGCAGAGACAUGUCUUCAUCACCAGACAGGUCUGCUGGAAGAGAGAGAAACCGUAAACAGAGACCUCCAACCCAUCAUCGUCAUCAACCUAACAAUGAUUCAUAGACAGAUCUCCCAGGUAAGAUGGCUGACAAAUUGUUCCAUUCCGGCAUAUUGGGGCACUGACAGCCUCUCAACAGUUGAAUCUCUAUCCAACACCCACCUCUUCUGAGGCCAUGGCGGCUCAUAGCCAGCAGCCUCUUGGUCCUAUGGUGGUUACGCUCUCUGCCAUGCUGCUCUGUGUUGAGACUGGCCUCUGACUGGCGGGAGUAGUUCUCUGGCUGGCCAACAGGCUCUCUGGAGCUCCCCCGCUCCUAAACAAGCCAGAGCACAAGGUAUAAUAAUGGUAGAGGAAUAUAUCAUUUUCAAUGGAAAGCUGCCACUGUCCUCUAUUUAAGAAGUGAGGAUAUAUUCACAUAAUAUAGGGAUCAGGGGUUGUAUGUAUCAAGCAUCUCAGUGCCAAUUUAGGAUCAGUUUAGCCUUUUAGAUGAUGAAAAAUAUUACAAGGACAAGGGGUGCCUGAUCCUAGAUCAGCCCUCCUACUCAGAUGCUUAGAGAAUACUGUCCCAGAUAUCAGACUGAACUUUGAACUCUUUGAGGCAGAGGGUUCUUACAUUGUGCAUGUCUGCCCUCUUGGCCAGCCCCCUCCUCCUCCUCUCCCUGGCUGAGAGCUGGGGCUUCUGCUCAGGUGGGGGGGACACUGGGAAGGCUUCACCCAUGGGAUCUUGGAGCAAACCACAGAUAAAUAGUUAGUGGUGUGAUUCUCAAGGCGCUCCUUCCCUUACAACAACUGGUGUGCGUCCCAAAUGGCACCCUAUUCCCUAUAGUGUACUACUUUCGACCAGAGCCCAUCUGCCCCCCCCCCAAAAGUAGCGCAUUAUUUAGGGUAUACGGUGACAUUUGGGACGCAGCCUUAGUUGUGUGAUUCUCAAAGCACUACUUCCCAUACUACACAUGGAUAGUAGUGAACCACAAGAGGCUUUACCAAUGAAGGCACUGUCAGACUCCAACAGGGAACCUCUCAUAGGAUCCCCUACUGCAUUCCUCUGGGGAGAAUAGAGUGUACAGGCGUAGUGUCACACACAGACAAGCAUGUACUGUACAGCAAAGAGACUACUCUGUGGUUCAGGGCACUAGCUAAACAAACUGGCCAGUAGAAACUCACCAAAUAAUGGUUUUGUUGCUGGGGUGGUGACAGAUCAAAAUAAUCUGUAAAACAAAAAGACAAAUGAUUUAAGCCCUUAAAACGCAAGUGCUCCACCCGUAAAUAUCCUCACGUUAGUUAGUGAUGAAGCAGUGAACAGAGAUGUGAACAACAGGUAUUUAAUAGUGAGUGUUUAAGCAGUUGGGUUGAUAGUCUAUAGGCAGUGAGUAGAGGUUGAUAUUGAGUGUGCUACUGACCGUCGGCAGGUUUCCUCCUCAGGCUGUUGUUGAUCCUGCGUUGCUCCUCCCUGUAGUCUGCCUGUCUCUGGAUGUCCACACACUGUCCAUCCCUGUCCCUGUCCCUGUCCCUAGGGGGCUCACAGUAACCAUGGCCUUCCUCCCCUCUGGAGUCAACGUCUGCAGUACAAACAAAGACUUCUCCACUCAAUACACACAUGACAAUACUCAUCACCCUGGUCAAAAGUAGUGCACUGAAAAGGGAACAGGAAAAAGGGUGCAGACACAGCCCCACUUGCUGCAUUUGUUUGAACACUGUGCUGUUAAAGGGCAAAUCCACCACUUUUCAACCUCAUUUUCCUUAUCUCCAGCACUAUGAAAACGUAUGCACUCACUAACUGUAAGUCGCUCUGAUAAGAGCGUCUGCUAAAAUGACAAAUGUUUACAAAAAUACCAGUGGAAACAUGUUUAAAUGGCGCAUUUCUACGUUUUGUAGAAAAAAACAUUUUAAAGACAGUGAUGUGAAGAGCAAUAAAAUACCAUCCCGGGAUGGAAACUCAUUGCAGGUUUAGAAAAUCACUUUUAAUCCUACCCUGUGAUGUGACCAAACUUUUUUUUGUAGGACUUUUCCUCUUAACAACAGAUCAUAGAAACACGUAGACACUGUUUUCGUGCUGGGAAUUAUGAAUAGAAGGUUGAAAAGUGUCAGAAUUGCCCUUUAAGACUUAACAAUCAAUGGCCUGGGUUACGUUCCACAUGGUACCCCAUUCCACAUAGUGCAUUACUUUUGACCUGACCCGAUGGGCCCUGGUCAGAAAUAGAGCACUACAUAGGGCACGGGUUCUCAAAUGUUUCAGGCCGGGGACCCCUUUUGUGAUAGAAAAUUAAUCAGGGACCCCCUCACAACUCGAGUGAGAUUACGAUAGCAAAACAAAUCAUUUUACUAUGACUUCGGCAACGCAUGGCCGGACUAACCAAGUCUCGGGCCCUUGGAAGAAACCUUUUAAAGGCCCACCUCUUGGCAUCGGAAAGAAAAUGCUGCAGUUUUCAAGCUAAUUCCCUGCAAUUCUACACGCUUCUUUUGGUAAAAAGCUGCGGGAUGGGCCUGGAGAAAUGUAAGCACUCAAAUUCAUAGACAGAGCUAUGGAUGCAAGGACUGACCAUCCAUGAUAUCAACAUUAUAGUGUAACCAUGUUUUGAGGCUAUACAGUGUUUGUUUACAUUUACAUUGUUUACAAACAUUGGAGUAAAACAAGCUUAUAUUUUGGGUUCUGAUUAGAUACGACAAGAACCAAACUCAUUUAUAAGUUAUAGUCUUCAAGAAUCAAUGGGUAUAUAUCAUGGUAUUCCAUACCAAAAAUGGAUGUAGCAACUAAGGAUUCUAGCUUUAAAUUACCAACCCCAGAAAAUGGGAUGUUAAGUUGAAAAAUGUAUAAUUGGUGGAGCACUGUGGAUACCAACAUAUUUUUUUAAAUAUAUUUUGAGAUCUGUCCGCAGACCCCACUUUGACAACCCCUGACAUAGGGAAUAGGGUGCCAUUUGGGACCGGCCCAUUAUUCAUCAAACAGUCACUUUAUUCCUUUACCUCUGUAUCGGAGCUGUAGCGAGUCGUGGAUUCUAUGCAGGUUGUUAGGCUCCGUGUUCCUGGAGGAGGGUCUCCUGACGGGGGCCUGCAGCCGCAGUCUGGCAAUGUCAAACACAUCCACCUGGGGCCGCUCCCUGUCUCUGUGCCUGGACACCAGCACACAGCCACAUCGAUCAGCCUGGACACACAGCACUGGGGCUAACAUACAGCCUAGACCAGGGGUUGGCAAAAUGCUGCUUUUUUGGGGGGAUUUUUUUUAUUUUCUUUGGCCCCCAAAGGUUUUUGGUCAGAAAAAGACUAAAACCACCAGGAAUUCAGCUAAAAAUUAGUAUAAUUUCGGGAAAACUCUUACAAAGUAUUCCCAGGAAGAAAAUAAAAAAAGAGAGAUGUGAUCGUGUCUCAAUGUAAUCAAGAUAUGAUUGUUAUUUUCAAAUACAAUUUAUUUUAGGGCUUAGUUGUGGUCAAUUUGCAGUGUAUAAAUUAUUAUAAUUAUGUUCCGGCCCCCCGACCAUCCACUCUGACAAAAAUCGUCCCACGGCUGAAUCUAGUUGCCUACUCCUGGCCUGCACUACAGCCAACAUGCAGCCUAGACAACGGCACACAGCUCCGGUCAGCCUGGACACACAGCACUACAGCCAACAUGCAGCCUAGACAACGGCACACAGCUCCGGUCAGCCUGGACACACAGCACUACAGCCAACAUGCAGCCUAGACAACGGCACACAGCUCCGGUCAGCCUGGACACACAGCACUACAGCCAACAUGCAGCCUAGACAACGGCACACAGCUCCGGUCAGCCUGGACACACAGCACUACAGCCAACAUGCAGCCUAGACAACGGCACACAGCUCCGGUCAGCAUAGACACACAGCACUAUAACAACACACAGCCUAUAGACAGGACACUGCAGCUAUCACCUAACUUAAAGUCAACAAAGAGCACUACAGUUAAACGCACAGUAGUGGUGCACGGGUCCGCUGUUUGUUCACCCGCACCCGCCCACAAUUGCUAAUAACCCAUCCACAACCGCCUGACUAUGUGAUAAAGUGAAAAUCGGAGUUCCACCUGACCCUAACCGCUAAUAUAGAAAAUGCGCUGUAAGCUACAGUCAAAGACAGCAGAAUUAUUUUGACAGGGGGUGCAGGAUUUUUUUUGCCUGAUUUAGAAAUGUUUCUGCUUAUAAUUUCCGACAUUUUGGUAGACUAUUUGUUAGUCAAAUUGUCUAUAAUUAGAUACAUGCAGCUUCUCUUCUGUCAUUAAUGCCCUAGAAGACUAAAUAAACCCUUGCUCACCAGAAUGUCAUACAUCAAUAGAAUGAAUGCUUCAAUCUACACUGAACAAAAAUAUAAUACAUGUAAAGCGUUGGUCACGUUUCAUGAGCUUAAAUAAAAGAUCCCAGAACAUUUCCAUACGCACAAAAUACUUAUUUCUCUCAAAUUCGGUGCAGAACUUUUUUUAUAUUCCUGUUAGUGAGCAUUUCUCCUUUGCCAAGAUAAUCCAUCUACCUGACAGCUGUGGAAUAUCAAGAAGCUGAUUAAACAGCAUGAUCAUUACACAGGUGUACCUUGUGCUGGGGUCAAUAAAAGGCCACUCAAAAAUGUGCAGUUUUGUCACACAACACAAUGCCACAGAUGUCUCAGGUUUUGAGGGAGCGUGCAAUUGGCAUGCUGACUGCAGGAAUGUCCACCAGAGCUGUUGCCAGAGAAUUGACUUCAUGUCUCUAACAUAAGCCACCUCCAACGUCGUUUUAGAGAAUUUGGCAGUAUGUCCAACUGGCCUUACAACCGCAGACCACAUGUAUGGUGUCAUGUGGGCGAGCGGUUUGCUGAUGUCAACGUUGAGAACAGAGUGCCCCAUGGUGGCGGUGAGGUUAUGGUUUGGGCAGGCAUAAGCUACGGACAACAAACACAAUUGCAUUUUAUUGAUGGCAAUUUGAAUGCACAGAGAUACCGUGACGAGAUCCUGAGGCCCAUUUUGAGGCCCAUUUUUAUUAAGGUAUCUCCGACCAACAGAUCCAUACUGUAUCUGUAUUCCCAGUCAUGUGAAAUCCAUAAAUUAGGGCCUAAUUUAUUUAUUUCAAUUGACUGAUUUCCAUAUAUGAACUGUAACUCAGUAAAAUCUUUGAGAUUGUUGCAUGUUGCGUUUAUAUUUUUGUUCAGUAUAGUUGACAAGUUCUCUGUAAUCUUCUUUCGUGGAGGACAGACGUUUAGGGAACGGGGAGAAAGUGCAAUAACUCAACAACAAAAAACUUGAAAGAUUUUCAGAGCAAAAUGUCCAAAUUACAUCAGUUUGCCCGGUUGUAAAGAAAUAGACAUCUGGGGAAAAGUCCCAAACAUGUUUCUGAUACAAUUUCAGUUCGGCUUGGAUGCAUAUUUUAUGUGGUUGAAAUACUAUUAGCUUUUAUGAUGCUGAUAAAGAUAGAUAUCGUCUCCGGCCUUGACCAGGAGUCCCAUAGAGCGGCGCACAAUUGGCCCAGCGUCGUCUGGGUUAGGGGAGGGUUUGGCCGGGGGGGUUUUACUUGGCUCAUCGCGCUCUAGUGACUCCUUGUGGUGGGCCGGGCGCCCGCAGGCUGACUUUGAUCGUCAGUUGAACGGUGUUUCCUCCAACACAUUGGUGCAGCUGGCUUCCGGGUUAAGCGAGUGGGUGUAAAGAAGCGCGGUUUGGCGGGUAAUGUUUCGGAAGACGCAUGACUCGACCUUUGCCUCUCCCGAGCCCGUUGGGGAGUUGCAGCGAUGAGACAAGAUCUUAAAUCACGAAAUUGGGGCGAAAAAGGCGGCAAAAAAAUGUAUACCGUCUGUAGAGGUGCUAACUGAGCAUUCGCAUUCUCUCAAGAUGCUGAAAGAAAAAUCAUAUUUCUCCACUGCUGUUCCAGAGUCAAAAUGUUGCCUACAUUUGGUGUAUAACUUUACUGCAAGACAUGCUUAAUUCUGCAGAAGUUAAUAUUAAGGCUAUGCGAUCGGUUAUAGACCUACAGUCAGUGUCCAGAUUUCACUUUCCAUUUAACCCAUCUGAACAGUAGGCUACAGUUCCCUUGACAUGCCAUAGGCCUAUUUGAAGUCCCAGUCUUGUGACAAUCAAAUUUGUAUAGCGCCUCACAAUCACCACACAUAACACUGCUAUCAUCCUCUUUUACCACUUCACCAAAUCUUUCCCAAACAUUACUUUUCUGCCCCUCCCUUCUAUAUAAUUUCCAACGGGAUUGAUGUUAACUUUUUCUGCCCAUUCCCAAAAGCAUUUGGCGAUUGGUGUGUAGGCUAUUUGGCACGCGUACAGUUAGGCCCUAAAGCUCACUAGAUAUAAAUUGUACAAGAAUUAUACAUUUAUUGAUUUAAGGUAUUGUUUUCUAUUUUUUCAACCCACCCGCCACCCACUCUUCAUCCACACAAUAUUUAAUUACCCUAAACCUGUCCGCCCCACGGAUAUAACUGUGGGGACUGGGGGUUAUGAGUCAAACACCGCAUCACUAACGCACAGCACUACAAAUAACACACAGCCUGAACCUUUGGAUUGCUGAAGCCACGCGACCAACAGUGGAGGGUAUCACCUCACCAGCCUUACCUGUCACUCAUAGAGGAGUCCAGCUCCUCCCACUCUGACUGCAGUAGCUGGCCCUCCAGUCGUUUCUGCUCGCUACGCAGCUGUCUGCGCAGCUCCGACAGCUCGCUGAUCACACCCCGCUGGUCCUCUGGCACACACAUACACACACGUCAGCAUCACAGACGUUGAGAGAUAAUGGAGUUUCUACCUGCUGUGUACUGUACAAUAGUGUGAGGCAGUGUUACCGGCAGCUCUCAGCUGGUUCCUGCGAGCUGGGACUGGGGGGGACUGGAGGCCUGACAGAGAACGCUCCUACAGGGGGAAGAGAGGGUGGAAGACAAGAUCCAGUCAUUAUGCUCCACUGACAUCUCCUCACAGUCAAACGAUUUCCCUCCAUGGUGGUGUGGAAGAGGACAUACUGUGUGCUCUGGAAGUCACUCACAGACAGGGGGACGGUAGUAGCGCGAGGGCUGUCCAUGGACGGAGGUCUGGGGGUGUACUGGGGAGCUUGACGCCUCUUUUGGAGGGUGGGAAUGGGGGGAGACGGCUCCCUUGGUACCUUCAGACAGACAACCACAUGAAUGUCAUCACUUACCUCAUAUGAAUCUCUCAGGGCCUGCUUCCUGACUAAAAAGCCCUUUCAAUAGAUAUUCUUCAUUUAGCAUGCUUUUUAGUCCAGGACUAGGCUUAUUUGGGCCAGUAACCGAAAGGUUGCUGGAUCGAAUCCCCAAGCUGAGAUGGUAAAAAUGUGUCGUUCUGCCCCUGAGAAAGGCAGUUAACCCACUGUUCCCCGGGCGCCGAUGACGUGGAUGUCGAUUAAGGCAGCCCCCUUCUCCUCUCUGAUUCAGAGGGGUUGGGUUAAAUGUGGAAGACACAUUUCAAUUGAUGCAUUCAGUUGACUAGGUAUCCCCCUUUCCCUUAAUGUUCAGAGGGUCAAACAGUCUUCCAGUGAGCUCACCUCUAGGCGUGCCCGUCUCUCCUCCUCAUACUGCUUCCUCAGGGCAGAGUUCUCCAUCUCCUCUACCUCUUUCUUCUUCUUCUUCCUCUCCACCUCUUUCUUUCGCUCCUCAGCCAGACGGAUCAGCGCCUCAUUCUUGGCUUUUUGCUGGAGGGAGAAAAAUGUUGCUCAGUCCCCUGAGUGA